AUGCGGCGAAUAACAAAGCUGCGUUAUAAUGUUCUCAAGCACUACAGUCCACAUGUGCCUUACUCCAGCAAACCCCCCACCAGAGAGUUCGUUCCCAACCUCCCCGACCUGACAGUGGUGCCACCCGCCAAGACCAAACCCCUCACCAAGGCCCCGAACAAGGAGGUGAAACCUGAAGCGAAAAAGCCGUCAGCCACGCAGGAGAAACUGCAGAAAGCCCCUAGAAAAUCUCCAUUGAAGAAGACACAAACGCUUGUUCAGGACAGUGCUGUUGUGAUCGGGGAAUUCCACAGAAUUUAUAUGAAGGAGAGUGGAGAUAGACCUAAAGCUUACAUAACACCUCUAACACGACCUGGGUCUAUUCCCAAAGACCCUGAAGAAAAACCAAUUCAAGAGCAUACAGAUGUUACGAUGAACAUCAAAACUGAUGAAAUCAAAAAAAAGUUAGAGACAGAAUUGGCAAAAAUUCGAGAGAGAGCCGCUAUAAAGAGCAGUACAAAUGAAGAUCAAAGUGUUGGUGAUAAAGCCACGGAUGUUCUAGAAUCUUCGAGAAAAGGAGAUAAUCUUAUAAAGCGUAUAGGAAUACCUCCCACAAACAUUGCUCCAGGAGUGACUGUUGAUAGUCCGUUUAUACCUGAAGAAAUCGGGCCAAAUAUACCGACGGAAAUUAAGCGGGUUUUCAAGAAAGAUGCUCCUAAACCCAUGGCUCAUAUCAGGCCUAUUAAGAGGUCUUUGGGAGAUGGUGAAGCUUCAACAUUAGGGUUUGCCAAGAUGGGAGAAAUUCGCCCGAAGUUGGGAGCUUGUGUGCAUAUAGGACCUCCAGUUGCCAUGUUCUCUACAAGCGUCGCUCACUCACAAAAGGAAAAGGGUAAAGAAGAUAGUGGCGGGGGUGGAGGAGGAGGAGGAGGAGGGGGUGGCGGGGGCGGUACUCCUCCCAAAUCUGCUAGCGCCGGCGCCGAGGGCAAGAUUAUUGCUGUAAUUGGUGCCGUGGUAGACGUCCAGUUCGACACACAUCUGCCGCUCAUAUUGAACGCUUUGGAGGUGCCUGGCAGAAGUGAGUCUACUUUCACUGAUCUAGAAUUAGGUCAUCUCAUUGUGGUUUUCAUUCAUUACAGUCACAUGAGGUUGGAUGAUCAGAAGUGGCUUCAUCCAUCCAGUAGAUAA